AUGUCAGACAAACUCUGGUCACCAGGCCCCGAGGUGGUAGCCAAUGCCAACAUCACACACUUCAUCAAGCAAAUCAACAAAGACCGCGGUCUAAGUCUGAGGACUUACGAGGACCUGCACAAGUACUCUAUCACGAAAGAUGUGUUUUGGUUCGACCUCUUCAAGUUUCUGAAGAUCAUCCAUUCAUCACCUCCGACGUCUGUUCUCGAGAAUGGCCAGAGUCUAGCGGAUGCGCCCUUGUAUCCUCCUCCAGUGUUCUUUCCGGGGUGCAGGCUCAAUUAUGCGGAAAACAUCAUUGAGGGCCAUGACGACCAAAGUCUCGCCAUCAUCACAGCCCUUGAAGGCGCAAAGCAAAUCAAGCGCUACACUUUCGGUCAGGUGCGCGAGAUUGUGCACAGUUAUGCAGAUGCAUUGCGCGCAUCGGGUGUCGUCAAGGGCGACCGCGUUGCUGGUAUUCUCUGUAACUCUAUCCACUCAGCUUGCAUCCUUCUUGCAACCACUUCUAUUGGUGCAGUGUAUUCAUCUACUGCAACUGAUAUGGGCACUUCGGGUAUUCUAGACCGAUUGAAGCAGAUUCGGCCCAAGGUUAUUCUGAUGGACAAUGCUGCGCACUACAACGGCAAGAUCUUCAAUCUGGCUAGCAAGGCGAAUGAGGUCCUAUCCGUUAUCGAUGGCGACCAGCUGUCCCGAUUCGUGGUUGUUCCAAACAUCGCCGACAUCUCUUGUGACCUGGGCCACAAAAAGACUGUCGCCUUGACUCAAUGGAUUAAGGAGGCGAAGCGUACCCCAGUUCUCAAGUACGAGCAGUGUGCAUUCACUGAUCCAGUAUUCAGCAUGUACUCAUCUGGUACGACAGGUCCACCAAAAUGCAUUCAGCAUUCUGUCGGCGGUGUUGUGCUUUCUAUGAAGAAGGAAGCCGUACUCCAACUCGACCUGCACCCAGGUGACGUUUACUACCAAUUCACAACCACAAAUUGGAUGAUGUACCAGGUGCUCAUUACAGCCCUUUCUACCGGCGCCACUAUUUUGUGUCUUGACGGCUCGCCCAUGGUCGACAUCCCCAAGGUUCUUACAUUCAUGGAUGAAAUUGGUGUAACACUCUACGGAACAUCCCCUCGAUGGCUUGCAGAGGUUCGUAAUUUGGGCAUUGUCCCCAAGGAUGUCGCUCCAUUCAAGAGACUACGACAAGUCACAUCGACUGGAUCUGCACUGGUCACUGAGCUUUACUAUCACUUCUACAAGGCUUGGCCCGCUAGAGUUCAGCUGUCUUCUAUCAGUGGCGGCACAGACUUGCUCUCCUGCAUUAUUGCAGCAGUACCCAUUCUGCCAAUUUAUGCUGGAGAAUUACAGUCGCCUUGCCUUGGUAUUGCAGCAGCCAGCUUCGAUGACGAAGGCAAGCCUUUGCCUAUCGAGCAUCCAGGAGAGCUCGUCAUUACGCGUGGUUUCCCCUCGCAGCCAAUCUACUUUUUGAGUGACCCAGACGGCAAGAAGUAUGAAAAUGCAUACUACACGCAUUUCCCAGGAAUCUGGCGACACGGCGAUUUCGUACAAUUCAAGGAGACUGGCGGUGCCAUCUUGCUGAGUCGCUCAGACGGUGUGCUCAAUCCGAGUGGUGUUCGAUUUGGGUCUGCUGAAAUCUAUGGCAUCACCGACAAGUUCCCGGAAAUUGCAGAGGCCUUGUGUAUUGGGCAGCGACGCCCUACAGAUGUGGACGAAAGUGUCUUGCUCUUCCUGCAAAUGAAGGACCCACGCAGCUUCUCCCAGGAUCUUGUUCAGCGCAUCAAGAAGGAGAUUGCAAAGGAGCUGAGUCCGAGGCAUGUGCCUCGAUACGUCUUCAUGGUGAAGGAUAUUCCCAUGACCAUCAAUGGGAAGAAGGUGGAGAUUGUCGUUAAGCAAAUUGUCUCGGGCCAGACGCCCAAAGUCAGCGCAACGGUCGCCAAUCCGGAGUGCCUGGAGGAGUACAAACAAUACGCGCGCAUUGAAGAAGUCGUCCGCCAAGCCAAGUUGUAG